AUGGCUAAUACUCGAUUUAAAAUUUUUUUCAGAAUUUUGCGUUCUUGCGUUUUGCGUUUUGCGUUUUUUGCGUUUUGCGUUGAUUUUUGGCCUUGCGUUGCGUUUUGCGUUUUUCACGAUUGCCUCUUGCGCCCACCCCUGACCCGCACCCCUUCAAAAAUAUUUUCUAAAAAUAUCCCACUUAACCAACGAGUACAUUUUUGGUUGAAGGCUUUAAAAUUGGGGUCAAAAUUAUUUUUGAUGGUUUUUAAAAUUCAAAAUAAUUUUUUCAAUUAUGUAUAAUUGAGAUUUUAGAGAGAGUAAAUAAGUUUAAAUUUGUGUGGUUGACUUGACACUAUAUUUUGGAUAUUAUUUUUUUGUUUUUUCGUUAAAAAUUAAAUUUUAUUUUAUUUUUGUCAUUUUAGGAAUCAAUGGCACUUUUGUUUUUUUUUGUUUUUUUAUGAUUUUUAAAAAGUGGGAAACGAAAGGGUUCGAACCCGCACCCCUUCAUAAAUAUUUUUUAAAAAUAUCCCACUUAACCAACGAGCACAUUU